AUGCUGCGUCAACUUCGCCAUACCCUGCCAUCAGGGUCUCGCUCCCUCAGCACAAAAAAGCAACAUCACCUCCCAGCAGCCUACUACCGAGGCGGUACCUCCCGCGCCAUCUUCUUCAAGCAAGACGACCUCCCCGCAGAUAAGGCCAAAUGGGACCCCAUUUUCCGGGGUGUCCUCGGCAGCCCCGAUCCCUACGGCCGACAACUCGACGGCCUAGGCGGAGGCAUCUCCAGCCUUUCCAAAAUCUGCGUAGUGGGUAAGCCCACCCACCCCAGCGCAGACAUUGAUUACACCUUCGUGUCUCUGGGCGUGAAAACCCCCGAUGUAGACUACUCCAGCAACUGCGGGAAUAUGAUCAGUGCCGUUGGACCAUUCGCCGUCGACUCUGGGUUAGUAGUGCCUGGAUUGACAUCUGCAUCCGUGCGCAUUCACAACACCAAUACGGGGAAGAUCGUCCAUUCUAGUUUUCCCGUGGUGGAUGGAGAGGCUGCUGCGUCGGGGGAAUUUGCGAUAGAUGGGGUUUCGGGAACAGCGGCACCUGUACAGUUGGAUUUUGUGGAUCCAGCGGGAUCAAGGACGGGCAAAUUGCUUCCUACGGGACAAGUGAGGGAUGUGUUUGAUGGGGUGGAGGCCACUUGUAUUGAUGUGGCGAAUCCGUGUGUGUUUGUGCGUGCGGAGGAUUUGGAAGUAGAAGGGAACUUGACACCGGAAGAGAUUACAGCGCAUCCGGGUCUGCUUGAUCGGUUGGAUUCUAUCCGUCGGCAGGCGGGUGUGAAGAUGGGGUUGGCUGAUACCAGGGAAGCCGUGCCUGGCAGUGUACCUAAAAUAUGUCUAGUAUCGCAGCCAGGGACGGAUACACGCGCAGUGGAGCAGAAGCAGACGAAGGAAAAGGUGGACUUGCUCGUGCGAGCUCUAUCAGUUGGCCAGCCGCAUAAGGCGGUGCCGAUUACAGUGGCAUUAGCUGUAGCGUCUGCGGCGCGAAUGUCAGGCAGUACGGUAUCGCAGGUGGUCGGCGAAAAGCGCGUGGAUGAGGCGGGCAUUACGUUGGGACAUGCGAGCGGAAAUCUGCUCGUCGGAGCGACAUUUGAUGAGGAGGGUAUAUUGAGGUUCGCAACGGUGUUUCGCACGGCAAGGAGAUUGUUUGAGGGGAGGAUCUUUUGGAAGGGCUGA